UGAAGGCGUGCCCCAGGUGUUUUACUUUGGGCCCUGUGGGAAAUACAAUGCCAUGGUUCUGGAGCUGCUGGGCCCGAGUCUCGAGGACCUCUUUGACCUCUGUGACAGGACCUUUUCACUGAAGACUGUCUUAAUGAUAGCUAUUCAGCUGAUUUCUCGAAUGGAGUAUGUGCACUCUAAAAACCUCAUCUAUAGAGAUGUAAAACCUGAAAACUUUCUCAUCGGACGGCAAGGGAAUAAAAAAGAACACAUCAUCCACAUCAUUGACUUUGGUCUGGCCAAAGAGUACAUCGACCCCGAGACCAAAAAACACAUUCCAUACAGGGAGCAUAAGAGCUUGACCGGCACUGCCCGAUAUAUGUCUAUCAAUACACAUUUAGGGAAAGAGCAAAGCCGGCGAGAUGACCUGGAGGCCUUAGGCCACAUGUUCAUGUAUUUCCUUCGUGGGAGUCUACCAUGGCAAGGACUAAAGGCCGACACGUUGAAAGAACGAUACCAGAAGAUUGGAGACACGAAACGAAACACUCCUAUCGAGGUCCUCUGUGAGAACUUCCCAGAGGAGAUGGCCACCUACCUGCGAUAUGUGAGACGGUUGGACUUCUUUGAAAAGCCCGACUAUGAAUAUCUGAGGACUCUGUUCACUGAACUGUUUGAGCGAAAAGGAUACACCUUUGACUACACUUACGACUGGGUUGGCAGGCAGAUACCCACACCAGUGGGGUCUGUCCAUAUAGACUCUGGAGCAUCUGCUGUUACGAGAGAGAGCCAUCCUCACAGAGACCGGCCCACGCAGCACCCACCAAUUAGAAAUCAGACAGCGGUCUCAGAUCGACGAGGAGCAUGGGAGGUGCAGCCCACACGCCAAGCAAACUCCUCCUAUCUGACCUCCCACCUGGCAGCGGACAGGCACGGGGGCUCAGUGCAGGUAUAAACCCCUCACCUGAUCCACCACAACCCCCACCCAAUCUCUAUGGAGUCAGAUCUGUCUCAUAGGAUCCAAUCCAGAAUUCUAAAUCAUUUAACAAUACUCAGGUUCGUCAUUUGAAUAUUCUGAACCAGUUUUUAAAGCUGCAGGUGACUUUUAUUAAAAAUAACUUUUGUCAUAUUUGCUGAAACUCACUAAUCGUGACAGUGGUGCAUGAGACCGAUGUAGUCUGUGAAACAUCUCAUGUUCCUCUGCCUCCCUCAGUGCUAUUUGUUUUUCACAGAUUAUUGGUGUCAUACAAUACUGUCAGAAUAUAGUGAUGAGUGUUUGAGCAAAUAUGACAAAAG